AUGGCGGUGCCUAAAGAGCCUCUUGGGCCUGAUGUUGCUCAUAACGAGAUCGUACUAGCAGACGCUGAGAAAGAUCAUCGAGUUCAUGUCUCCAGUGAGCAGAACGUUCGGGAACAACUUGAAGGAAUCCGAAUGAACUUCCGUACGAUCCUAGCAAUUGUGUCUCUCGCUGUGACAUAUGAGGCUCUCCUUUUCUCAUUUGUACUUCCUGCAGCAAUUCUCCUUACUAUCAACAAGGACAUUGGGCCUUCAGCCCAAAUCACUUGGAUUGCCACAUCAUGGACUUUGGCUAGUGCUGUCUUGCAAACUAUUGCUGGGCGCUGUAGCGAUAUCUUUGGAAGGCGAAAUUUCUUUAUCGCUGGCAACCUGAUCGCUGUUGUAGGCUGUUCCAUUGCCUGUCGUGCAUCGUCGGUGAAUACAGUCAUUUCGGGCACUGUAUUGAUGGGCUUCGGUGCUGGGCUGCAGUUCUUGUCUUUCGCAGCAAGUGCAGAAAUCGUUCCCAAGAAGCAACGAGGCGUCGUGAUGGGCAGUUUCAGUCUCGUAUCACUCCCUGGAUCUACCUUUGGCUCUGUUAUAGCUUACGCCAUCGUGGCUCAUUUAUCCUGGCGCUGGACAUUCUAUUUGGGCAUUAUUAUAAAUGCCCUGGCUCUUUUGCUUGUGGUAGUCUUUUACUGGCCGCCAGAUUUCGUUGAACUCCAUCCAGAAGGAAAGACUCGUUUCGGCCAAUUCAAGGAGCUCGAUUUCGUAGGACUGCUGCUUUUUGGUGGAGGGUUGACCAGCUUUCUUCUCGGGAUAUCGUUUGGAGGUAACCCGUAUCCGUGGCGAAGUGCUAUCGUGGUGGCACCGACAGUGAUUGGAGGCAUUGCAUUUCUCGUGGCGUUUCCACUAUGGGAAAUUCAUGCGCCGAAAAAUACCGCCAAAUUGUGUCCUCCUGAAGUGGUCAAGAACGUCCGAGGUGUUACCCUUCCAAUGUUAGUGAUGUUCGUAUCAGGGAUGACUCUUAUGAGUCUUCAAGUCUUCUGGCCUCAACAAGUGCAACUUUUGUUCACGCAGGAUCCAACGAUGAUUGGAUGGUACAGCCUGGCGUAUAACGCGACUGCAACAGCUGGCACUGUUAUUGGAGGCGGCCUCUUCGCCAUCAUUCGAAGAACAAAAUACCAGUUCAUUGGAUACGUUUGGUUUCAGACAGUGUUCAUAUCGUUGAUGGCGACGGUGAACCAAAAUACGCCGGCGAAGGCAAUUGUCUUUGUAGGACUUGCAAGUUUUGCAAUUGGUGCAUCGCAAACACUGGCCAUCGUCAUUGUCGGACUCGGUGCAGAUGAUAAGCAUAUCGGCGUAGCAGUUGGCUUACUGAACUCUUUGCGUUCAACUGGCGGAGCAGUAGGGAUUGCGAUUUAUUCCUCAUUAUUCUCCAACAAGAUCAGCCGAGAGCUUGUCCCGAAGGUCGCCACAGCAAUUGUCCAAGCUGGAUUGCCAGUCACAUCGGUGGAAGCUUUCCUUGUGGCUCUGACAUCGGGCGUUCCACCCUCCGUCGAGUUUGUGCCAGGCAUCACUCCAGAGAUCUUCGCUGCUGGAGUCGAUGCAAUGAAAGAUGUAUACGCCAGUGGAUUUAGGCUCAUUUACCUCGUUGGGAUGGCUUUCGGCUUGCUGGCAUGCCUAGGGGUUUGCUUUGUCGGCAGCGUGGACAGUAAACUGACGAAGCAAAUUGCUGUCAAAGUCGACAGACCACACAUUAUUAGUCAUGGAAAACCCGAUACGAAGGUUUUAGAUAACAAGGAGCCAGCUGAGGCUAUCGACCAUUGA